CUACCUAUGAGUAGUCAUGGUUCGACCGUGAUGCGAAUUCCAUUCCAAAGGAGGCGUUGUCCUACCGGCGGGUUCAUUCUUACGUUAAACCGGGGGAUGGGAUCACCCAACCCGUCAUUUUAACGGCAUUAUUUUAUUAUUUUGUGGUUUUAGCUCAGAGUUUUAAUAUUAUUUUAUCAACAUGAUCAAGAACGGUCACCACACAUCGAGUGAGCAGGGGAUAGAGAGCGGUGCUAAGCAGGGAGACUUGGCUUGCAGCCCAGAGAAGAGGAAGCGCUCUGUCCGGGUGUGGUGUGAUGGCUGUUAUGACAUGGUGCACUACGGCCACUCCAACCAGCUGAGACAGGCUAAGGCCAUGGGAGAUUACCUCAUCGUUGGAGUACAUACAGAUGAAGAGAUCUCGAAGCACAAGGGUCCUCCUGUCUUCACCCAGGCAGAGAGGUAUAAGAUGGUGCGGGCUAUCAAGUGGGUGGAUGAGAUCGUAGAGGGUGCUCCCUACGUCACCACACUGGACACACUGGACAAAUACAACAGUGACUUCUGUGUCCACGGAGAUGACAUCACCCUGACGGUGGACGGUAAGGACACGUAUGCGGAGGUGAAGAGAGAGGGCCGGUACCGGGAGUGUAGACGCACCCAGGGGGUCUCCACCACAGACCUGGUGGGCCGCAUGCUGCUCAUGACUAAAACCCACCACAGUAACAUCGACAACUCAGACUACCAACAGCACACGGACAACUUUGGGAAGGGUCCUAAGGGCCACAGUCCAUGGACAGGAGUGUCCCAGUUCCUCCAGACCUCCCAGAAGAUCAUCCAGUUUGCCUCAGGACAGGAGGCCCAACCUGGGGACACCAUCAUCUACGUAGCCGGGGCCUUCGACCUCUUCCACAUUGGUCAUGUUGACUUCCUGGAGACGGUCUACAAACAGGCUGAGAGGCCUUACGUCAUCGUGGGACUGCACUUUGACCAGGAAGUGAAUCGCUACAAAGGGAAGAACUACCCAAUCAUGAACAUCCACGAGAGAACCCUGAGUGUCCUGGCCUGCAGGUAUGUAUCAGAGGUGGUGAUUGGGGCUCCCUACGCUGUGGGUAAAGAUCUGCUGGACCACUUCAAGGUGGACCUGGUGUGUCAUGGGAAGACAGAGGUGUUUCCUGACAGGGACACUGCAGACCCUUAUGCUGAGCCUAAGAAGAGAGGUAUCUUCCGUACAGUAAACAGUGGUAACGGUUUGACCACCGAUGACAUCGUACAGAGAAUCAUCAAGAACCGGCUGCAGUUUGAGGCAAGGAACCAGAAGAAGGAGGCCAAGGAGAUUGCGGUGUUUGAGGCGAUGAAAAGCCAGUCAGAGGGAGAGCAGGCCGGGGACACGGCCCAGGCAGCACAGUAACCAGAUCAAACUAGUUAGAACCAGACCCAGCUGUCCCAAAACUGAUCCUAACCCAGAGUUUCUCAAACUCGAGAAACUCUGAAAUAACCUUUUUUUUUAAAAUUGCGUUUGGUUCAUAGAACUGGGGUUAAGUCAGUAACCUCCGGUAGCUGCUAGAUGCCGUUGUCAUAGUGAGAGCGGUUUUGGUUUUCCUCCUAUCUUUUGAACGGUUUAAUCACCGGUUUCCCUCCUCAAAGCCCAGAAGCCUCAGAACAGAGUGGACAAGACCAGGCACUAAAAUCAGACUGGAGGAAAAACAACAAUCACUGGUGUUCAUUUCUACUCAGCAGAUCAAACUAAAUGAUUGGCUGAUGAUCUUCUGAACUUCCCAAUACCUUUCUGAUGCAUUUGUCACUUCAAACAAUCCUUCAUAUUGAAACACUGUCAAAUGAACUGUCAACUAAUUUGUAAUAGUCGGUUAUAGUCCCAGUUUAAGAACCAAACAUUGGCUGUUGAUUUCAUCACUUUUUUUUAAAGAACAAAAUGGGGUCACGGAACAAAAAAGUUUGGGAACCCCUGUCCUAACCAGCUCUAAAUGGUUCAAACACGACCCGGGUCAGACUGAACCCAGCCAGCCCAAACCAGUCUAGUCCUACUAUUUGUACUGUAUACACAUCCUUUAGUGAAGCAUUGCCUGCUAGCCCGUCCUAGACCGGCUUUACCCCCCCAGUCCACAACGGGACAAACUCAUUCCACCGACGGCCGAGUGUCUGCUGGUUUUCACUCCCUUGUACUUGAUUGAUGAAUUAAGGUCAGUAAUUAGUAAGGAACUCCCCUCACCUGGUUGUCCAGGUCUUAACUGAAAGGAAAAACCAGAGGACACUAGGCCCUCCAUGAAAUGAGUUUCCACCUGACCCAAACCGGAUCAGACCAGAUCAAACUGCAGAAACAGACUUUAACCAAGACACCUCCUCUCCUUCACCAGCUAAGGAGAACACAAAAAUAACCCUCUUCCCUCUGUCAGAGGAGGCUGCUGAGGGGGAGGAUGGCCCAUAAUAAUGUCUGGAGUGGAAUAUCUGGAAUGGACUGUGUUAAAUCUUCUCCCACUUUCAGGCAGAAAGAAAGGAGAGGAAAGGAAGAGAAUCCCAAGUGUGACUGAUGAAAAAGAGAACAUUGAGAGACUUGUGAAGAAGAGAGGAAAGUCUAUGUAGUUGUGUGUGUACUGUAUAUUUAGUAGUGCCUUCUAGUCUGAUCUACCAAAUGGCACA